AUGUCCAAGAAAGAGGAAGAACUCAAGCAGAUUUCGUUGGACAACGAGUCCCAGAGCGCAGGCUCGGUCGAGGACCAGACCGGCGCCGUGGGCAAGCUGAAAAAAUUCUUCAAAUGGCUCGAGCUGGACGGAACUCAGAACUUUACGCUUUCCCAGCUGUUCUUGUACAACUACGACCUCAAACCAAUCGAGGAAAAGAGACGCACCUGGAAGUGGUGGAACUUUGUCACGUUCUGGAUCGCCGACUCGUUCAACAUCAACACUUGGCAAAUAGCCGCUACCGGAGUGCAGGCCGGUCUAAGUUGGUGGGCCACCUGGAUCACCGUCUGGCUCGGCUACUCUUUCUGCGGCUGUUUCGUCACUCUUGCUGCCCGGUACGGUGCAUACAACCAUGUUUCGUUCCCCGUUGCUACCAGGUCGUCCUGGGGAAUCUGGGGCUCGUUGUGGCCUGUUAUUAACAGAGUCGUCAUGGCCUGUAUUUGGUUCGGCGUGCAGUCCGUGCUGGGAGGCCAGUGUGUGGCUCUGAUGCUUCGGUCCAUCUUUGGCAACGACCUCGAAACAAGAAUCCCUAACCAUCUGUCGGGAAACACCAGCUCGUUCCAAAUGCUCUCGUUUUUCCUGUUCUGGCUCUUCCAGCUACCGGCCAUCUACAUGAGACCACAUACCGUGCGCCAUUUGUUCACCAUCAAGGCCAUUGCGUGUCCGAUCGCGGGCAUUGCGUUCCUGAUCUGGACGCUGGUCAAGGCAGACGGCGGCGGACCCGUCAUCCACCAGGGCAGCUCGUUGUCCGGCUCUGCUUUUGGCUGGGCCUUUGUCAACAGUAUGAUGAACUCGCUCGCCAACUUUGCUACGCUCAUUGUCAACGCCCCAGACUUCUCCAGAAUGUCGCACAAACCAAACUCGGCCAUAUGGUCGCAGCUCCUCACCAUCCCGCUCGGAUUCUCCAUCACCUCGCUGAUUGGUAUUCUCGUCUCCUCAGCAAGUACCAUUUUGUACGGCGAAACUUACUGGGACCCAUUGGAGGUGCUUGGCCGGUUCCUGGACAACUACAGCCGUGGAGCCAGAGGAGGAGUGUUCUUGAUAUCGUUCGGAUUCGCCAUUGCUCAAUUGGGUACAAACAUCUCUGCAAACUCAUUGUCGGCCGGUACUGACAUGACUGCCUUGCUACCAAAAUACAUCAACAUCAGACGCGGAGGAUUCAUCUGUGCCAUUAUUGGCUACGCCAUCUGUCCAUGGAACCUGCUGUCCUCGAGCAACAUGUUCACCACGUAUUUGAGUGCGUACGCCGUGUUCCUGUCCUCCAUUGCCGGAGUGUACUUUUGUGACUAUUACAUCAUCAGAAAAGGAUUUAUUAUAUUGGAAGACCUCUACACCGCAAACAGCUCGAGCGUCUACUAUUACACCGCCGGAUUCAACUGGAGAGCACUCGUGGCAUACAUUUGCGGUAUUGCUCCCAACAUUGUGGGAUUUGUGGGUGCCACAGAAACUCAUAAGGUGCCGGACGGAGCCACCAAAGUGUAUUACCUCAGUUUCUUCACCGGCUACGCCGCCUCGUCGUCCGUGCUGUUCCUGCUCACCGCCCUGUUCCCUGUCAAGGGAAUGCCUACAGAAAAGCUCGUCGACAAGGUUUGGUUCGAGGAGUGGAAAGACGUGGAGUCAUUUGACGACUUUUUCCAUUCCCGGCUCCAUACAGCCAACGUGGUCGAGGAAGAGGCCUAG